AAACUGUUUUACGUUGGCUGGAUAUGAACCAAUCAAAUUCGAGAUUACUGCAGAGUAGAUUUGUUUUCAUCGGUGCAUAUUUGAAAAGAUAAAACAGAAUAAAUUAUAACCAGAAGUGCAUUCAAACACCGCAAACUAAAAGAAUUAUUUUUUAAGCGGUCACAGUGAGCACUAUUUUGCAUGGCGGCUUUACUCCUGACGCUGAGUCUACUGACCACAGUGUUACUGAUCUCAGUCCAUGGAGAAACACCUGCAGACAGCUGCUGUGGCGUCAUACCAGGGUGUAACUUUACAGACACACAGGUAUGCAAAUGUCCGUCCAUGUACUCCUAUCUGUCCUGCCAGAUUCACAAGCUGAAACUCAAGUUUAACUCGCUCACCUCUGGCCUUCCCUCGAAGGAGGCGCACGGGUCCAACUCCAGCGACGAGUCGUACCUGGGAAAUCUGUUCAAAGGGACUGUUACCGGUCCUGAAAGCUGGGUCCGGAAGAAAGCGGAACACGGGAACGAGAAUAAAGGUGGAGGUCAAAGGUCCAGGAGGCAGUCCGGGACUUACCAGGCGUCAACGAGUUGUUGUGACGGAAGUGACAUAAACGGCAUGAUUUACAGCUGCGCCUUUCAGGACUCGGUCUGUUUGUGUCCGUCCGAGUUUCGUAGCAACUUGCCCACAUGUGAGGUCACCGUCGUAGCUCAAGAAACCACAACGCCCACAACGACAACGACACUAGCAGCCCAGGUCCAAUCCAGUGAUGGGACUUAUCCAGCACUGGAUGACUGCUGUAGCGGAAGUAACAUGGAUGGUUUCAUUUAUGGAUGCGCCUAUGAAGGCACGGUCUGCAAAUGCCCAAGCACCCACAGGUCAUCUCUGCAGUCCUGCGAGCUGUCCACCACUACCACUGUGACUACCACUGCCAGCACCAGCACCAGCACCACAACUAAUGCUCCACCACCACCACCCCCAGCUGGAGACACCUACCAAGCCAACGAUGAUUGCUGCAAUGGGAACGACAUUAAUGGAUUCAGUUACGGAUGCGCUUUCGAUGGAACUGUUUGCAAGUGUCCUAGCCUUUACAGAUCUAGCCUACCCACCUGCGAAUUGGUAGCCAUAACCACUGCAACAACUACAUCCACGACAAGUCCAUCGACCACGCCCAGUACUACAACAACCACGCCCACUACUACUACAACUACGCCCACCACAACCACGCCAACAACUACCACCACGCCCAGUACUACAACAACCACACCCACUACUACUACAACUACGCCCACCACAACCACGCCAACAACUACCACCACGCCUACUACUACAACAACCACGCCCACUACUACAACAACCACGCCAACAACUACCACCACGCCAACUACAACAACAACCACGCCCACUAGUACUACAACCGAGCCCACCACAACCACACCAACAACUACAACAACAACGCCCACUACCACUACAACCACCCCAACAACUACAACCACGCCAACUACUACAUCAACCACCCCAACAACAACCACGCCAACAACAACCACAUCUACAACUACCACUACACCAACGACAACUACCACUACACCAACGACAACUACCACUACACCAACGACAACUACCACUACACCAACGACAACUACUACUAUACCAACGACAACUACCACUACACCAACGACAACUACCACUACACCAACGACAACUACUACUACACCAACGACAACUACUACUACACCAACGACAACUACCACUACACCAACGACAACUACCACUACACCAACGACAACUACCACUACACCAACGACAACUACUACUACACCAACGACAACUACCACUACACCAACGACAACUACUACUACACCAACGACAACUACCACUACACCAACGACAACUACCACUACACCAACGACAACUACCACUACGCCUACGACCACAACCACAUUAACAACUACAAGCACCACUACCCUAUCCCUUGUAAGCGCACCGUAUUACUACUCGGACCCAUCAUGUUGUGACCCUAACAACAUCCCAACAUACUUUUACGCCCAGGUGGCAGGCUGCGCCACAGACGGAGUUAGCGGACUGUGUAAGUGUGCAAGUGGAGUGGAGGACAUUUGUCCUCCCAUACCAGUCACUUACACCGCUGCCCGGGAGUGCUGCGACGCCUCCUACGCCUACGGCACCGGGGACAUGGACAAAAUUGUCAACAACUACAUCGGAAGUGUCCAAGGAUGCACAGUGCCCGAUCCGGAUGUUCCUGGUGAUACCUGCACUUGUCCUAUUAUAGAGCUAGUCCAAGAUGAAGGACUCACCACACCCUGCGCGGCUUACGAGAGCCUGACCACAACUACAGAAGCGACCACCACCACCACAACUACACCAACCACUACCACUACAUCGACGACAACCACGUCGAGCACAACAACAACCGACUCAACAACCUCCACACCCACUACUACAACAACCAGCACCACAGAAACCACCACGCCUUAUCCCUUCUACAACGCUGACCCUUCCUGCUGUGACCCUGAUAAUAUUCCAAUAUACUAUUACGCUGUGAGUUUCUGCGCCCAAGAUCCAGGAACUGGAUCGUGUCGUUGUGCCGAAGGAUUCCAGGAUCUGUGUGCCCCUAUACCAACUACUACAGAGCCCCCGACAACAACACCAACGACAACAUCAACCUCAACUAGCACUACCACAACCACAACCCCAACAACUACCACCACAACCACAACCCCAUCAACUACCACCACAACCCCGACUCCAACCACAUCAACCACCACCACAACCCCGACUCCAACCACAUCAACCACCACCACAACCCCGACUCCAACAACAUCUACUACCACCACUACCCCAACCCCAACAACUACCACCACAACCCCGACUCCAACCACAUCAUCUACCUCCACAACUUCGACAUCAACGACGUCAACAUCAACCACCUCCACCACCACGUCGACGCCUACAACAUCAACUUCUACGGAGACGACGACACCCUACCCGUUCUACACCACCGACCCGGCAUGCUGUGACCCUAACUACGGCCCAAUAUCGAUCUACGCUGAAGCGGCAGGCUGCUUUCUUGAUCCAGCCAGUGGCGAGUGCAAGUGUCCAAUGGGAAUGCAAGAUUUGUGUCCGGAAAUGAUCACGACUACUCCUGAGAUAACGUCUACCACAGCAACCACAUCAACUACCACAACCCCUACUACCACAUCAACUACCCCAACGCCUACAACCACAUCAACUACCACAACCCCUACUACUACAUCAACUACCACAACCCCUACUACCACAUCAACUACCACAACCCCUACUACCACAACGCCUACAACCACAACCCCUACUACCACAUCAACUACCACAACCCCUACUACCACAUCAACUACCACAACCCCUACUACCACAUCAACUACCACAACCCCUACUACCACAUCAACUACCACAACCCCUACUACAACAUCAACUACCACAACCCCAGCUACCACAACCCCUACAACCACAUCAACUACCACAACCCCUACUACCACAACAUCCACCACCACAGAGACAACAACACCUUAUCCUUUCUACAACGCCGAUCCAGGAUGUUGCGACCCCAACAAUCCUCCAAUUGUGUUCUACGCUGAAGCUGCGGGAUGCUUCUCAGACCCAGAAAGCGGUCAGUGUCGAUGUCCACUUGGAGUACAAGAUAUGUGUCCUGAGAUAAUCAGCACAACAAGAGAAGUAACCACAACACCAGAAGACAAAACAACACCAGAAGAAACAACAACACACGAUGAGACAACAACACCCAAAAAGACAACAACACCUGAAGAGACAACAACACCCAAAGAAUCAACAACACCCAAAGAAACAACAACACCUGAAGAGACAAUAACAUCCGAAGAGACAACAACAACUAAAGAGACAACAACACAGAAAGAAACAACAACACCCGAAGAAACAACAACACCUAAAGAGACAACAACACCCAAAGAGACAACAACACCCGAAGAGACAACAACACCUGAAGAGACAACAACACAUGAAGAAACAACAACACUUGAAGAGACAACAACACCUGAAGAAACAACAACACCCGAAGAAACAACAACACCUAAAGAGACAACAACACUUAAAGAGACAACAACACCUAAAGAUACAACAACAACUGAAGAAACAACAACACCUAAAAAAACAACACCUGAAGAGACAACAACAACCGAAGAGACAACAACACCUGAAGAAACAACAACACCUGAAGAGAAAACAACACCUGAAGAGACUACAACACCUGAAGAGACAACAACACUAGAAGAAACAACAACACCAGAAGAAACAACAACUACAGAAUUGCCAAUUAUAGAGCCUACAAUAAGUACAACUGAAAUUGAAGAGACAACAACUCUUGAAGAGACAACAACACCUGAAGAGACAACAACACCUGAAGAGACAACAACACCCGAAGAGACAACAACACCUGAAGAGACAACAACUCUCGAAGAGACUACAACACCCGAAGAGACAACAACACUUAAUGAGACAACAACAUCCGAAGAAACAACAACAACCGAAGAAACAACAACAACUGAAGAGACAACAACACCCGAAGAGACAACAAAACCUGAAGAGACAACAACACCUAAAGAGACAACAACAACUGAAGAAUCAACAACACUAGAAGAAACAACAACAACUGAAGAGACAACAACACCCGAAGAGACAACAAAACCUGAAGAGACAACAAUACCUAAAGAGACAACAACAACUGAAGAAUCAACAACACUAGAAGAAACAACAAUUAAAGAAACAAAAACUCCAGAAGAGACUACAACACCCGAAGAGACAACAACACCUAAAGAGACAAAAACACCUGAAGAAACAACAACAACCGAGGAAACUACAACGCCUGAAGAGACAACAACACCUGAAGAGACAACAACACCUGAAGUGACAACAACACUAAAAGAGACAACAACAUCGGUAGAAACAACAACACCUGAAGAGACAACAACACCUGAAGAGACAACAACACCCGAAGAGACAACAACACCUGAAGAGACAACAACACCCGAAGAGACAACCACACCUGAAGAAACAACAACACCUGAAGAGACAACAACACCUGAAGAGACUACAACACCUGAAGAGACAACAACACUUGAAGAAACAACAACUACAGAAUUGCCAAUUAUAGAGCCUACAAUAAGUACAACUGAAAUUGAAGAAACAACAACUCUUGAAGAGACAACAACACCUGAAGAGACAACAACACCCGAAGAGACAACAACACUAAAAGAAACAACAACUCUUCAAGAGACAACAACACUAGAAGAAACAACAACACACGAAGAGACAACAACACCUGAAGAAACAACUACACCUGAAGAGACAACAACACCUGAAGAGACAACAACACCAGAAGGUACAAAGACAUCUGAAAAAACAACAACACCUGAAGAGACAACAACACCUGAAGAGACAACACCUGAAGAAUUAACAACUCCCGAAGAGACUACAACACCCGAAGAGACAACAACAACUGAAGAAACAACAACCCCCGAAGAGAAAACAACACCUGAAGAAACAACAACAACUCAAGAAACAACAACACCCGAAGAGACAACAACAACUCAAGAAACAACCCCCGAAGAGAUAACAACAACUGAAGAAACAACAACACCCGAAGAGACAACAACAACUGAAGAAACAACAACUCCCGAAGAGACAACAACACCUGAAGAGACAACAACACCUGAAGAGACAACAACACUAGAAGAAACAACAACACCAGAAGAAACAACAACUACAGAAUUGCCAAUUAUAGAGCCUACAAUAAGUACAACAGAAAUUGAAGAGACAACAACUCUUGAAGAGACAACAACACCUGAAGAGACAACAACACCCAAAGAAACAACAACACCUAAAGAUACAACAACUGAAGAAACAACAACACCUGAAAAAACAACAACACACGAAGAGAAAACAACAACUGAAGAGACAACAACAGCUGAAGAGACAACAACACCCGAAGAAACAACAACACCUAAAGAUACAACAACUGAAGAAACAACAACACCUGAAAAAACAACAACACACGAAGAGAAAACAACAACUGAAGAGACAACAACAGCUGAAGAGACAACAACACCCGAAGAAACAACAACUAAAGAAACAACAACUCCCGAUGAGACAACAACACCUGAAGAGACAACAACACCCAAAGAGACAACAACACCUGAAGAGACAACAACAACUGUAGAAACAACAACACCUAAAGAAACAACAACACCUGAAGAAAUAACAACUCUUCAAGAGACAACAACACUAGAAGAAACAACAACACCCGAAGAGACAACAACACCUGAAGAGACAACAACACCCGAAGAGACAACAACACCUGAAGAGACAACAACACCCGAAGAAACAACAACAACUGAAGAAACAACAACCCCCGAAGAGACAACAACACCUGAAGAAACAACAAGACCCGAAGAGACAACAACACUAGAAGAAACAACAACACCCGAAGAGACAACAACACCUGAAGAGACAACAACACUAGAAGAAACAACAACACCCGAAGAGACAACAACACCCGAAGAUACAACAACACCUAAAGAAACAACAACACCUGAAGAAACAACAACACCUGAAAAAACAACAACACCUGAAGAGACAACAACACCCGAAGAGACAACAACACCUGAAGAGACAACAACACCCGAAGAGACAACAACACCUGAAGAGACAACAACACACGAAGAAACAACAGCAACCGAAGAAACUACAACGCCUGAAGAGACAACAACACCUGAAGAGACAACAACACCCGAAGAGAAAACAACACCUGUAGAAACAACAACACCUGAAGAAACAACAACUCUUCAAGAGAUAACAACACUAGAAGAAACAACAACACCCGAAGAGACAACAAAAACUGAAGAGACAACAACAACUGAAGAGACAAUAACACCCGAAGAGACAACAACACCUAAAGAAACAACAACACCUGAAGAGACAACAACACCUGAAGAGACAACAACACUAGAAGAAACAACAACACCAGAAGAAACAACAACUACAGAAUUGCCAAUUAUAGAGCCUACAAUAAGUACAACUGAAAUUGAAGAGACAACAGCUCUUGAAGAGACAACAACACCUGAAGAGACAACAACACCCGAAGAAACAACAACACCUAAAGAUACAACAACUGAAGAAACAACAACACCUGAAAAAACAACAACACACGAAGAGAAAACAACAACUGAAGAGACAACAACAGCUGAAGAGACAACAACACCCGAAGAAACAACAACUAAAGAAACAACAACUCCCGAAGAGACAACAACACCCGAAGAGACAACAACACCUGAAGAGACAACAACACCCGAAGAAACAACAGCAACCGAAGAAACUACAAUGCCUGAAGAGACAACAACACCUGAAGAGACAACAACACCCGAAGAGAAAACAACACCUGUAGAAACAACAACACCUGAAGAGACAACAACACAUGAAGAGACAACAACACCCAAAGAGACAACAACACCUGAAGAGACAACAACAACUGUAGAAACAACAACACCUAAAGAAACAACAACACCUGAAGAAACAACAACUCUUCAAGAGACAACAACACUAGAAGAAACAACAACACCCGAAGAGACAACAACAACUGAAGAAACAACAACCCCCGAAGAGACAACAACACCUGAAGAAACAACAAGACCCGAAGAGACAACAACACUAGAAGAAACAACAACACCCGAAGAGACAACAACACCUGAAGAGACAACAACACUAGAAGAAACAACAACACCCGAAGAGACAACAACACCCGAAGAUACAACAACACCUAAAGAAACAACAACACCUGAAGAAACAACAACACCUGAAAAAACAACAACACCUGAAGAGACAACAACACCUGAAGAGACAACAACACCUGAAGAGACAACAAUAACACCCGAAGAGACAACAACACCUGAAGAGACAACAACACUAGAAGAAACAACAACACCCGAAGAGACAACAACACCCGAAGAUACAACAACACCUGAAGAAACAACAACACCUGCAGAAACAACAACACCUGAAAAAACAACAACACCUGAAGAGACAACAACAACUGAAGAGACAACAACACCCGAAGAGACAACAACACCAGAAGAGAAAACAACACCUGAAGAGACAACAACAACUGAAGAGACAAUAACACCCAAAGAGACCACAACACCUGAAGAGACAACAACAACUGAAAAAUCAACAACACCCGAAGAGACUACAACACCUAAAGAGACAACAACACCUGAAGAGACAACAACACUAGAAGAAACAACAACACCAGAAGAAACAACAACUACAGAAUUGCCAAUUAUAGAGCCUAUAAUAAGAACAACUGAAAUUGAAGAGACAACAACUCUUGAAGAGACAACAACACCUGAAGAGACAACAACACCUGAAGAGACAUUAACACCUGAAGAGACAACAACACCCGAAGAGACAACAACACCAAAAGAAAAAACAACUCUUCAAGAGACAACAACACUAGAAGAAACAACAACACACGAAGAGACAACAACAACUGAAGAAACAACAACACCCGAAGAAACAACAACACCUGAAGAGACAACAACACCAGAAGAGAAAACAACACCUGAAAAAACAACAGCACCUGAAGAGACAACAACUGAAGAGACAACAACACCCGAAGAAACAACAACUAAAGAAACAACAACUCCCGAAGAGACUACAACACCCGAAGAGACAACAACACCUCAAGAGACAACAACACCCGAAGAAACAACAGCAACCGAAAAAACUACAACGCCUGAAGAGACAACAACACCUGAAGAGACAACAACAACCGAAGAGACAACAACAACUGAAGAGACAACAACACCCGAAAAAACAACAACUGAAGAAACAACAACUCCCGAAGAGACAACAACACCCGAAGAAACAACAGCAACCGAAGAAACUACAACGCCUGAAGAGACAACAACAACGGAAGAAACAACAACACCUGCAGAAACAACAACACCUGAAAAAACAACAACACCUGAAGAGACAACAACAACUGAAGAGACAACAACACCCGAAGAGACAACAACACCUGAAGAGACAACAACACCCGAGGAAACAACAGCAACCGAAGAGAAAACAACACCGGUAGAAACAACAACACCUGAAGAGACAACAACAUCUGAAGAGACAACAACCCCCGAAGAGACAACAACAUCUGAAGAGACAACAACACAUGAAGAGAUAACAACAACUGAAGAAACAACAACACUUGAAGAGACAACAACAACUGAAGAAACAACACCACCCGAAGUGACAACAACAACUGAAGAAACAACACCACCCGAAGAGACAACAACAACUGAAGAAACAACAACACCUGAAGAAACAACAACACCUGAAGAAACAACAACACCCGAAGAGACAAAAACAACUGAAGAAACAACAACACCCGAAGAGACAACAACAACUGAAGAAACAACAACCCCCGAAGAGAAAACAACACCUGAAGAAACAACAACAACUCAAGAAACAACAACACCCGAAGAGACAACAACAACUCAAGAAACAACCCCCGAAGAGAUAACAACAACUAAAGAAACAACAACACCCGAAGAGACAACAACAACUGAAGAAACAACAACUCCCGAAGAGACAACAACACCUGAAGAGACAACAACACCUGAAGAGACAACAACACUAGAAGAAACAACAACACCAGAAGAAACAACAACUACAGAAUUGCCAAUUAUAGAGCCUACAAUAAGUACAACAGAAAUUGAAGAGACAACAACUCUUGAAGAGACAACAACACCUGAAGAGACAACAACACCCGAAGAAACAACAACACCUAAAGAUACAACAACUGAAGAAACAACAACACCUGAAAAAACAACAACACACGAAGAGAAAACAACAACUGAAGAGACAACAACACCCGAAGAAACAACAACUAAAGAAACAACAACUCCCGAAGAGACAACAACACCCGAAGAGACAACAACACCUGAAGAGACAACAACACCCGAAGAAACAACAGCAACCGAAGAAACUACAAUGCCUGAAGAGACAACAACACCUGAAGAGACAACAACACCCGAAGAGAAAACAACACCUGUAGAAACAACAACACCUGAAGAGACAACAACACCCAAAGAGACAACAACACCUGAAGAGACAACAACAACUGUAGAAACAACAACACCUAAAGAAACAACAACACCUGAAGAAAUAACAACUCUUCAAGAGACAACAACACUAGAAGAAACAACAACACCCGAAGAGACAACAACACCUGAAGAGACAACAACACCCGAAGAGACAACAACACCUGAAGAGACAACAACACCCGAAGAAACAACAACAACUGAAGAAACAACAACCCCCGAAGAGACAACAACACCUGAAGAAACAACAAGACCCGAAGAGACAACAACACUAGAAGAAACAACAACACCCGAAGAGACAACAACACCUGAAGAGACAACAACACUAGAAGAAACAACAACACCCGAAGAGACAACAACACCCGAAGAUACAACAACACCUAAAGAAACAACAACACCUGAAGAAACAACAACACCUGAAAAAACAACAACACCUGAAGAGACAACAACACCCGAAGAGACAACAACACCUGAAAAGACAACAAUAACACCCGAAGAGACAACAACACCUGAAACAACAACAACUGAAGAAACAACAACACCCGAAGAGACAACAACAACUGAAGAAACAACAACCCCCGAAGAGACAACAACACCUGAAGAAACAACAACACCCGAAGAGACAACAACACCUGAAGAAACAACAACACCCGAAGAGACAACAACAACUGAAGAAACAACAACACCCGAAGAGACAACAACAACUCAAGAAACAACAACACCCGAAGAGAUAACAACAACUGAAGAAACAACAACACCCGAAGAGACAACAACAACUGAAGAAACAACAACUCCCGAAGAGACAACAACACCUGAAGAAACAACAACACCCGAAGAGACAACAACACUAGAAGAAACAACAACACCCGAAGAGACAACAACAACUGAAGAAACAACAACUCCCGAAGAGACAACAACACCUGAAGAAACAACAACACCCGAAGAGACAACAACACUAGAAGAAACAACAACACCCGAAGAGACAACAACAACUGAAGAAACAACAACACCCGAAGAGACAACAACAACUCAAGAAACAACAACACCCGAAGAGACAACAACAACUCAAGAAAUAACAACACCUGAAGAAACAACAACAACCGAAGAGACAACAACAACUCAAGAAACAACAACACCCGAAGAGACAACAACAACUCAAGAAACAACAACACCCGAAGAGAUAACAACAACUGAAGAAACAACACCACCCGAAGAGACAACAACAACUGAAGAAACAACAACUCCCGAAGAGACAACAACACCUGAAGAAACAACAACACCCGAAGAGACAACAACACUAGAAGAAACAACAACACCCGAAGAGACAACAACAACUGAAGAAACAACAACACCCGAAGAGACAACAACAACUCAAGAAACAACAACACCCGAAGAGACAACAACAACUCAAGAAACAACAACACCUGAAGAAACAACAACACCCGAAGAGACAACAACAAAUGAAGAAACAACAACACCCGAAGAGACAACAACAACUCAAGAAACAACAACAUCCGAAGAGACAACAACAACUGAAGAGAUAACAACACUAGAAGAAACAACAACACCUGAAGAAACAACAACUACAGAAUUGCCAAUUAUAGAGCCUACAAUAAGUACAACUGAAAUUGAAGAGACAACAACUCUUGAAGAGACAACAACACUAGAAGAAACAACAACACCCGAAGAGACAACAACACUAGAAGAAACAACAACACCCGAAGAGACAACAAAAACUGAAGAAACAACAACACCCGAAGAGACAACAUUAACUCAAGAAACAACAACACCCGAAGAGACAACAACAACUCAAGAAACAACAACACCCGAAGAGACAACAAAAACUGAAGAAACAACAACACCCGAAGAGACAACAACAACUGAAGAAACAACAACCCCCGAAGAGACAACAACACCUGAAGAAACAACAAUACCCGAAGAGACAACAACACUAGAAGAAACAACAACACCCGAAGAGACAACAACAACUGAAGAAACAACAACACUUGAAGAGACAACAACAACUGAAGAAACAACAACACCCGAAGAGACAACAACAACUGAAGAAACAACAACACCCGAAGAGACAACAACAACUCAAGAAACAACAACACCCGAAGAGACAACAACAACUGAAGAAACAACAACUCCCGAAGAGACAACAACCCCCGAAGAGACAACAACACUUGAAGAAACAACAACACCUGAAGAAACAACAACACCCGAAGAGACAACAACACCCGAAGAGACAACUCUACCCGAAGAAACAACAACACCCGAAGAGACAACAACACCCGAAGAGACAACUCUACCCGAAGAAACAACUACCCCCGAAGAGACAACUCUACCCGAAGAAACAACAACACCCGAAGAGACAACAACAACUCAAGAAACAACUACCCCCGAAGAGACAACAACAACUCAAGAAACAACUACCCCCGAAGAGACAACAACAACUCAAGAAACAACUACCCCCGAAGAGACAACAAUAACUCAAGAAACAACUACCUCUGAAGAGACAACAACAACUCAAGAAACAACUACCCCCGAAGAGACAACAACACUUGAAGAAACAACAACACCUGAAGAAACAACAACACCCGAAGAAACAACUACCCCCGAAGAGACAACAACAACUCAAGAAACAACUACCCCCGAAGAGACAACAACAACUCAAGAAACAACAACCCCCGAAGAGACAACAACACCUGAAGAAACAACUACCCCCGAAGAGACAACAACACCUGAAGAAACUACAACACCUGAAGAAACAACAACACCUGAAGAAACAACAACACCUGAAGAAACAACAACACCCGAAGAGACAACUCUACCCGAAGAAACAACAACACCCGAAGAGACAACAACAACUCAAGAAACAACUACCCCCGAAGAGACAACAACAACUCAAAAAACAACUACCCCCGAAGAGACAACAACAACUCAAGAAACAACUACCCCCGAAGAGACAACAACAACUCAAGAAACAACUAACCCCGAAGAGACAACAACACUUGAAGAAACAACAACACCUGAAGAAACAACAACACCCGAAGAAACAACUACCCCCGAAGAGACAACAACAACUCAAGAAACAACUACCCCCGAAGAGACAACAACAACUCAAGAAACAACAACCACCGAAGAGACAACAACACCUGAAGAAACAACUACCCCCGAAGAGACAACAACACCUGAAGAAACAACAACACCUGAAGAAACAACAACACCUGAAGAAACAACAACCCCCGAAGAAACAACAACACCUGAAGAAACAACAACACCUGAAGAAACUACCACGCCAUCUCCAAUGUGCCCGUCCAAUACGCAAGCAGUGUCAACAAUGACACGACGAACACUCAACGGUGUAGCCAUUGGUGCGUGCGAUGCUGGUGGCGUCGUAGCAAUUCGGGAUAAUGAAACAAGCACAAUACUUUGCACCGGAGUCCUCACGUCAAAGUCGACAUUCAUUGUGCCUCAAGAUUGUGCCAUUUUCUACGAGGAAACUCUCAAAUCACAGCCUAUUACUCAAAUCGUCACAGUUGGGAAGCAGCAAGAUAUAAUUUUGACCCAAGAUUUAUUCACAUAUAAAAACCUAACCAAUGGUAUGGCGGAGAUAGCACUGCCACAGGAAGUGAGCGUGACAGACUGCCCAGAGUACGCGUGCACAUACGACUCUGCCAAGAUGGCCGGACGCGUCAAUUUCAAUGACUGUUUUGGAGUCGGCUACGGCAGCAGGACGAAGGGUGACUAUUCCUACACUGGGACGCCAUACAAGUUGGUAGUGCAGAACAUGACUACUGCCCCAUGCUGUGACGUUCUGAUGGACGCCGUUACACGCCACGUCCAACUUGACGGCACCUACCCUAACACCAUGGUCAACUCCGGCUCGGAUGUUUUGUGUCUGGGAUCCGACGAUUCUUCGUGUGGGGGAGACUUUGGCACUCCGAUUUACUGCCGAUCGUUUGACACAGAUGAACUCAUUUUGGUUGCAGCCUUGACAUCCACACCGUGUACUUCCGGUGAUCCAAUUCUAGCAAACGAUUUAACUAACGGAGACAUAGCUGCCUUCUUUGGAUAAUGAAACUGAUUUAGAAAUAUUAUUAAUAAAAUAAAUGUGUAAACGUAGAA